UCCAAACAAAGUUCUUUACAAGUAAUAACCCAUGUCUACAGUAGGUUCCCACUCGCAUCCAACGAGCAUACCGUAACGACCGUAACGAGGGAAGCGACGCUAGCACAGUUGGGCUUAAUAAUUCAAGGACCAGCUCAACUGUGGGUAUUAUGGCUGACCAUCAUCUUGACGCGAUACAAAUUAUAUAAAGGCCUACAGAACGCCAACUUAAUUUCCUGAAUUGUAUACAAGACAUAAACAAGACACGACUUUGAAGCCAGAAAGCGAAAUCAAAUAUUUACAAUAGCGCACUCAAGGAGCUCGAUUAAACACCCAUCUUUUUCUAAAAACAUCUCCAGUGCAGAACCUAAACCUAUUACCUUUCGUACAAGAUGUCAAAGCAAUCAAUUCUGAUUGUCUUGUCCUCAAGCCCGCAAGGAUGGUACUUGCCAGAAUUUGCACACCCAUACGAAGUCCUAUCACCACAUUUCGACCUCGUUGUAGCAUCACCGAAAGGAGGAGCAACAGUCCUGGAUCCUGUAUCCGUCGAACUAUUCAAAGGUGACGCAUAUUGCGUAGAGUUCGCUGAAACAAAGCAAAAGUUGUGGCUAGAGACACAAAGAUUAGAAAAUUUUCUGGGUCGAGCAAAAGAAUUCGUUUGCAUAUUCUACGUAGGAGGUUUCGGACCCAUGUUUGACCUUGUCGACGAUGCCACCUCGAUCCAGCUCAUUCGAGAGUUCCACGAGGCAUCGUGUACCGUGGUGGCUCUUUGUCAUGGCGCCGCUGCUCUGCUAAAUGUCAGACUCGCAGACGGUUCGCAUUAUAUCGAAGGAGAGAAAGUGACAGGAUUUAGUAACGAGGAGGAGAUAGCUGUUGACAGGCAAAAGGACAUGCCGUUUCACCUUGAAGAUGCUCUCAACAAUGCCAGUGGCGGAAACUAUGAGAGGUCCAAGGAGGCAUGGGCUCCACAUGUGACUGUCAGCUCUACGAAGAAGUUAUUAUGGGGACAGAACCCAGCGAGCGCCCAACCUCUCGCAGUUGAAUUGCUAAAGGCGCUAAAGGCGGAGAGGUAAAAUGUGAAAACGAAGAUAUAUAGAUUUCAAUAACUUAUAUAGAGUAUCAUUUUUAUCCACACGUACGGCAAUUUACCGCGUGGCUUGUCA